AUGAGCGGAGCGCCAGCCUUGACUUGCCAACUAGCCAAGGCCAAGAGGGCAAGUGGGGAUUUGGCAGCCAAGAGGGCAAGGCAGCCAAGAGGGCAAGGCAGCCAAGAGGGCAAGUGGGGACUUGGCAGCCAAGAGGGCAAGCGGGGAUUUGGCAGCCAAGAGGACAAGUGGGGACUUGGCAGCCAAGAGGGCAAGUGGGGAUUUGGCAACCAAGAGGGCAAGUGGGGAUUUGGCAGCCAAGAGGACAAGUGGGGAUUUGGCAGCCAAGAGGGCAAGUGGGGAUUUGGCAGCCAAGAGGGCAAGGCAGCCAAGAGGGCAGGUGGGAAUUUGGCAGCCAAGAAGGUAAGCUGGGGAUAUGGCAGCCAAGAGGGUAAGUGGGGACUUGACAGCCAAGAGGGUAAGUGGGGAUUUAGCAGCCAAGAGGGCAAGUGUGGACUUGGCUGCCAAGAGGGCAAGGCAGCCUAG